GCUCCUCUUUGCUUAGUUGCUUUACUUGUGCAAAACGCACCGUUUCUUCUUUCUCUUUUCUUUCGUCAAAUACGUACAUAUGCACUGACUCCUGGGGUUUAUGAAAGUUUGAAUCUUUCAAUGCAAAACCUCUCUCGCAAAUUCUCAACGCUCCCAAUUCCCAAGCUUUCACCUUCACACCCACAACCCACCACACCCUUCACCCCAUACUCUGAGAUUCAGCAUUGCCGGAAAAUCUUAGAGCACAAAAUCAUUACUAUUCUAGACGCGUGCAACACCCUCAACCAUGUCAAGCAGGUUCACGCUCACGUCAUCGGAAAUGGGCUCAGCCAAUACAGCUACGUCAUCACCAAGCUCGUCCGCACGCUCACCAAGCUCGGAGUCCCAAUGCCCACCACCUACCCGGAACUCGUCUUCCGGCAGGUGCUGCACCCGAACCCGUUUCUCUGGGCGGCUAUGAUUAGAGGGUGUGCAAUUGAAGGAACUCUUUCGGAAGCGGUGAAGUAUUACACUUUGAUGAGGAGGGAGGGCACCGGCCCGGUUUCGUUUACGUUCUCGGCGCUGUUCAAGGCCUGUGGGAGUGGUCUGGAUGUGAAUUUGGGCCGGCAGAUACAUGCGCAGACGGUUUUGAUCGGUGGGUUUGUGGCGGAUUUGUACGUGGGGAACACUCUGAUUGAUAUGUAUUUGAAGUGUGGGUUUUUGGAUUGCGGGCGCAAGGUGUUUGAUGAAAUGCCUGAGAGGGAUGUGGUUUCGUGGACCGAGUUGAUUGUGGCGUAUGCCAAGAGUGGGGAUAUGGAGUCGGCGAGGGACUUGUUUCAGGAUUUGAGUUUGAAAGAUAUGGUGGUGUGGACGGCUAUGGUUACUGGUUAUGCCCAGAAUUCGAUGCCGAAAGAGGCCUUGGAUUGCUUUGAGAGAAUGCGAGGUGCUGGUGUAGGGCUUGAUGAGGUUACAUUGCUCGGGGUCAUUUCGGCUUGUGCACAAUUGGGUGCUUCCAGGUAUGCUAAUUGGGUUCGAGACAUUGCUGAGGAAUCUGGUUUUGGGGCAACUCAGAAUGUGCUUGUGGGAUCUGCAUUGAUAGAUAUGUUCUCCAAGUGUGGGAGCUUGGAUGAUGCAUACAAUAUUUUUCAGGGGAUGAAGCAAAGGAAUGUGUUUUCUUAUAGCUCAAUGAUUUGGGGAUUUGCAGUGCAUGGAAAUGCCAAUGCAGCGAUAGGAUUGUUUCAUGAGAUGCUGACCACUGAUGUAAGGCCGAACUGGGUUACUUUUAUAGGUGUGCUAACUGCCUGCAGCCACGCGGGGAUGGUUGAUCAAGGUCGGCAGCUAUUUGCAACGAUGGAGAAGUAUUACAAUGUCACUCCAUCGGCUGGUCAUUACACUUGUAUGGUAGACUUGCUUGGUCGAGCUGGGCGCUUGGAAGAAGCUCUCGAGCUAGCUGAGACAAUGCCGAUAGUCGCACAUGGAGGUGUGUGGGGAGCACUACUUGGUGCGUGCCGUAUCCAUAAGAACCCCGACAUUGCUCAAAUUGCUGCCAGCCAUCUAUUUGAGCUUGAACCUAAUAAUAUUGGAAACUAUGUGAUGCUCUCCAACAUAUAUGCAUCAGCAGGAAGGUGGGAUGAUGUUUCAAGUGUUAGGAAGCUGAUGAGAGAAAAGGGUCUGAAAAAAAACCCUGCAUAUAGCUGGGUUGAAACAAAGAACGGACACGAAAAGUUUUGUGCAGGUGAAACGAGUCACCCCAAAUACAACAAGAUUAAGAAGGCGUUGGAGGAUCUUCUAAACAGAUUGCAGGAUCGUGGCUAUAGGCCAAACCUAAAUUCGGUGGAUUAUGAUGUGGGGGAUGAAGAAAAGAUGCGUAUAUUGAUGGCUCAUAGCGAAAAACUGGCUUUGGCAUACGCAUUGCUCUACGCAGAUUCUGGUUCCACCAUUAAGAUCGCCAAGAACAUAAGGAUUUGUGAAGACUGUCAUGCCUUCAUGUGUGGUGCAUCACGGGUUACAGGAAGGCAUAUUAUUGUCAGAGAUAACAUGAGAUUCCACCACUUCGAAAAUGGGACUUGUAAUUGCGGCAACUUUUGGUGAUUCAAGUACUGUUGGGAGUCUAUUUAACCAAGAUUAUGGAGCAAGAUUUGAUAAGCGGAAAGCUGGCUCGGAAACGCAAUUCUAGCUGCCUCAAUAUCUCAUAGCUAAGGCUGGUAACCAUAUAUAAGUCUACAAAACCCUUCAAAAUAUUUUCAUAGAGCUUUUUCUUGGUGCCUUGAGCCUUUGAUUGAAGCCUCAAGCAAGGUUAAUAGUCUCUGUUUCGCACAUCUUUUGUAUGAGGUGACUAAUUAUAGGUGUUUAAUGGGCUGGAUCCUUUUCCUCAGUAGCGGUGGGUGAACAAGAACAUUAGACGCCAAAGUUCAGAGAGGCUCAAUGUGCACAAAUCAACAUAAACGAUUACAGUGAGCAUUUUUCUAUUUCUUGCUUUCCAAAUCCUUCCCUUACAACCUUGUGGACCUUAUACACAACACUGCUUAUUAU